AUGACGAAGAAUAACUUGGCCGUUCAUCUCAAAUGGCUGUUUAAGCAAGCUCCACCUAAAUGUCCUGCUUUUGUCUGCUUGCCUGAACGCAACGCAUCGCAAUCGGCUCUCCCCGCAGAAGAAGCGACGACCCUCCAUGAUAUUCCGGAAUAUGUGGACAGCGACGCGGACGAAGAAAUGGCCAGACUUCUUUUCGCUCCCCAAUCCGCGAGCAAGCCUCGAAUGCUGAGUCGCCCCGACACGACCUCUGCGAAUACGCCGUCAACGAAGCGGCGCACUUCGCCGAAGCCAAGUGCUCGAGAUACUUUACGCGAGCCUCCGGCGUCGUCACACAAGACUCCUCGGCCGAAGCCCGAUCCGCUACGAUCAGAUAAUUUCGGCAGCUCUAAGCACAACGCCAUCGAGGCUAUUGAUUUGACAGGAGGGCUUGACCAGUCGAUCUUGUCUUCGGGAACAUCAGGGACCAUCCGUUUUGGAGAGCCGCGCGGGUUAUGGACGGAGGAAGUUACACCACGCGAAAAACGCGGCAAGAAGCGCAAGAGCGACGAGUAUACAUCUGAUCUUCUGUCUCCAUCGAAACAUGCGACGAAAGUGCGAAGUCGCUCGAAAGCUGCUCGGCCUCCCGCCGCUAGAGAAGAGACAGUCCCGGAACACCACAAAACGUCACGCCAGACAGCCCAGACAAUCCCUCCCAGCGCGGCGAAACGAUCCGAAUAUCAUUCCCCGGUCGCCCCACGAACCCAGCGAAAGCAGGUUAUUGCAGAUUCGGACGACGAUGAGGACCUGUUUGACGACUGGCUCGGUGAUGAUACUCAUGUUGAUGAUAUGGUACUAGAUACCGAGGAGUCACUGUACCCGAUACUUCCUGAAAUAAGCCCAGCUGGCGAUGAGAAAAAGAGUGACCUCUGGAAUUCGCGCUCCGAAUACACUCCUAAAGCACCGGUACUACCUACACAACCUUCGAAUCGAACGAGACAAAAGACGCCCUCACAAGAUCCUACUCCCUCAACGCCGUGGUCAAAGCCAGCUAACUCACAAGAGAAGGAUCCGGGGCUUCUGAAGACCUUGUCUCUCGGAUAUAAUUCUUUUCCGCGGGCAAUCUCCAAGUUAAGGGCCACCCUACAAAAGAACUCGGAAAUUGUAUACCAGCAGGUCAUGGAAGGUCAAAUAGACCAAGAACUUGUCGCCGAGAACAAGAAUAUUGUUGCUCAAGUCGGGAUAAUUGAAGAGCUUCAGAAACACCAAGCCGCGCACAAGUCUUGCAUUUCUCGCAGGCAGACUUUGAAAAAGAACCUGAUACAAGCAAUUUCCCAAGGUCAAGAUCCAACCACCAUGCCCGAAGAGCUUGCGCAAAGUCGAGCGGUCGAGACUGAGUUGGAACAAAUCGAAACCAAAAUUUCUGAGUUGCUUCCCCAGGCCAAGAUUCUCGAGCUGGUGGAAGACUGCCCUCCUGAAUCAUCCCCUGUGAACCUCGCCGAAUCAUCGUAUGAAACCCGCACAGCAACACAGGAGCCAUCCUUUUUUUCACGCACCACUGCUCCCCAAGAAAUUCAACCAAGCCGUCAUGUGCCUGUCAUGAGCCCUAAAAGGGCGCAAGAGACACAGCGGCAUAAUUUCAACGAACAAUCUGUCACCCGAAACAUGGGAUCUCCACCGCUUACUUCAAUGGACUUUGAUGAUUUUGAUUGGAAUGCCAGCGACGAUGAGUUGCUAGAGGUGACAGGGAGCUUUGAUCAAGGUAACCAAAGUUCUAUACCAGAUAAAGCAAGCCAGAACCGCAAGGUGUUCGCAGAGACAUCCGGAAACACCCAGAAGGCACCCGUUCCAAAGAAGUCACCUGGUCGUAGCGCCUUCUGGUCGAAUCAUGCCUGGUCUCACGAGGUGAGAACCGUUCUCAAAGAUCGAUUUCACCUUCGCGGGUUCCGACCAAAUCAGCUGGAGGCCAUUGAUGCAACACUUGCCGGAAAAGACACAUUCGUUCUCAUGCCCACUGGUGGAGGAAAAUCUUUGUGCUAUCAAUUGCCUUCAAUUGUAACAGGCGGCCACACUCGGGGUGUGACCAUCGUGGUAUCCCCCUUGCUGAGCCUGAUGGAGGACCAGGUGUCACACUUGCACAAAUUGAACAUCAAAGCCUUCAUGAUGAACGGUGACACUGACAAAGAACUUCGCUCGUGGAUUCUAAGCCAACUCUCCCAUACCGGUGGGGAAGAAGUGGAGGUGUUGUACAUCACCCCUGAAAUGAUCAACAAAAACCAAACUUUGGUCAGUGCCCUGGAGAAGCUCAACCAGAGAAAAAGACUAGCACGGCUUGUCAUUGAUGAGGCUCACUGUGUAAGUCAAUGGGGACAUGAUUUCCGCCCUGACUACAAAGAGCUGGGAGAAGUCCGAAACAGACUGCCUGGCGUACCUCUCAUGGCUCUCACAGCCACAGCCACAGAAAACGUGAAAGUGGACGUCAUGCAUAACCUCAAAAUGUCCGGAUGUGAGGUGUUUUUGCAGAGUUUCAACCGUCCCAACCUCACCUACGAAGUGCGGGCAAAAGGAAAGAAUGAUGAAGUGUUGGCAAGUAUGGCAGAAACCAUCACAAGUUCCUACCGAAACCAGUGUGGAAUUAUCUAUUGCCUCUCUCGAGCAACCUGUGAGAAAGUUGCAGAAGAUCUACGAGACAAGUAUCGUCUCAGAGCGGCUCAUUAUCACGCCAAAUUGACACCACCACAGAAAUCGAAGGUGCAGUCUCAGUGGCAGGCGGGUCAACUGCACAUAAUCGUAGCAACAAUUGCCUUUGGAAUGGGAAUCGACAAGCCCGAUGUACGGUUCGUCAUGCACCACAGCAUCCCAAAGAGUCUCGAAGGAUACUAUCAAGAGACUGGCCGUGCCGGUCGAGAUGGCAAGCGUUCUGGCUGUUUCCUCUACUAUGGCUACAGAGAUACCGCAACCUUGAAGCGCAUGAUUGACUCGGGAGAUGGCAGCUAUCAACAAAAGGCACGCCAGAAGCAGAUGUUGCGGAACGUUGUCCAAUUCUGUGAGAACCGCAGCGAUUGCAGACGUGUGCAAGUCCUCGCAUAUUUCAAUGAGUACUUCCGCCGAGACGAUUGCAACAACACAUGUGAUAACUGCAAGUCUGAUCUGGUGUUUGAAGUCCAUGACUUCUCUGAGCAGGCCUCAUGGGCUAUCAAGAUUGUGCGACACCUACAGAUGGAGAAAGCGAAGGUGACUGUUCUCUACUGUGUAGACAUACUUCGCGGAGCUUGCAAAUCAGCGAAAGAUCCAUCACACCGCAAAAUGGCAGGCUAUGGAAAAGGCGCAAACCUGGACAGAGGGGAAGCUGAACGGCUAUUUUAUCGGUUACUAGGCGAGGACGCACUGGCUGAAGACAACGUCAUCAACAAAAAGGACUUCGCAGUUCAGUACAUCAUUCUCGGUCGUCGUGCGGCCGAGUAUGAGUCUGGCAAGCGGCGAAUGGAACUAGAAGUUCGGGCUUCUCCGAACAGCAAAGCAGCCAAAGCCAAGACCAAAAGCAAGAUGGCUGCUGCUGGCAAGAAAUCAAAUCCUGGUACCCAGGGUGCUCCUCAUUCCACCAUGGUCUCAUCGCCUGUGAUUGCCGCUCAAGAUCGGCGCAUGGAGCGCUUCCAAUACACGGGCGCCCCAGUUCGCCCUCCGGCUUUUGAUGACAGCGACGACGGAUUUGAACCAAUUCGAACUAACAGCCAGCCUCGUCGUGCGAAUACACACCAGUCGGGUCCUCCGAUUACCUGCGAUCAACGGUUGGAGAGCCUUGAUCACCUGCACCGUGCAGUCGUGGAAGGCUUCGAGGUGAAUGCCAAAGAAUAUCUCCAAAAGCUCGUUGUGGAGAAGAACCUCCGUUCCCAGCCGUUCUCUGAUCAGAUGUUGCGUGAGAUGGGAAUCUCAUUCCCUCAAGAUCUUGAUGAGCUUGCUAGAAUCCCGAAUAUCGACCAUGACAAAGUGAAGCGCUAUGGCCGAGGGAUUCUCAAGCUCGUUGGACACGCAAAGCGGCGAUAUGAUGAAAUGACACAAGAGGCAGAGACCGACGGCGUUGUCCCAGACCCCAACCACCACAAUGUCAUCAAUCUCAGUAGCAGCGACGAGUACAGCGACGAUGACCUAUUCGUGGAUGAUGUGAACGGCUUCGCACUAGACAAUCCUGUUCAGCCCGCACCUGCCAAUACCACCGAAAACAUCACAAGCCGCUACUUCCCACCUCCAUCUCCGGGCUUCGACUCUGGUGACGACUACGAUGCCGGUCCUUCAGCUUCUGGCUCUAAAGGCCGCAAACGCGCGCCUGGCAAACGAGCACCGCGACGAAAGUACGGCUCGACUGGCAGCUUCAAGGGGAAAGGCUCGCGAUCAAAAACGAAGUCAGGAGACCGUCCUCCGAGCCAGUCUGGAUCACGAAAAAAUGCGAGAGCCAAAACACCCAAGUCUACGAUUGGAAUGAUGCCUAUUUGA